AUGGGCGACACUGAAACUAACAAGGGUGUGGAUUCUUCAUCUCCGUAUUAUUUACACCCUUCCUCGAACACAGAUCGAAUUAUAUCCCCGGUGGUGCUCCGUGGGAAUAAUUACAAUGAAUGGGCUCGAUCGGUCCGCAAUGCUUUCAAAGCGAACAACAAACUUGGGUUUAUUGAUGGCUCGAUUCAGCCACCCAAGUCGACAGAAUCGACGAUGUAUUCUCCAUGGGUGCAGGUGAAUUCUAUGCUCGGAGCAUGGUUACAUAACACCCUCGAUGCAUCCAUCCGUUCUAUUGUCCCUAUUACUGAUGAAGUUAGGGAUAUGUGGGAAGAUAUUAGGCAGCGUUUCUCGGUUGGAAACGGACCUCGAAUCCAUGAAUUAACGAGUCAAUUGACUCAUCUUGAACAAGGUGGCGACUCGGUGGUCGACUAUUAUGGAAAAAUACGAAUGAUUUGGGAUGAGUUAGCUUGCUAUUCAGCCCCUGCGUGUACCUGUAGCUGCAAGUGUGGUGUGAAGGGUGCAUUGGUGAAGGAAAGGGAAGAUCAGAAGGUUCACCAAUUUUUAAUUGGUCUUGACUCAUCCAAACACGGUACGGUCCGUUCUCAGAUUCUGAUGCAAGAACCUCUUCCGCCAUUGAACACGGCCUUUUCCAAGGCUUUGACUGAGGAACGCCAUCAUUCCAUUGUUCGUCAAGGUGACAAGAAGGCUGAGGCCGUUGGUUUCGCGGUGCAAGGCAGUGCUCGUGGGCGUGGAGCAAUGCCUACCAAGGAGGGUGACAAGCCUCGCUUCGCCGGCACGUGCUCUCAUUGUAACAAAGUCGGACACGACAAAGCCAACUGCUUCCAGCUUUUGGGAUUUCCUGACUGGUGGUAUUCUGAAAAUAGGGCAGCAGCUAGGGGUGGCGGCAAAUACACCUGUGGUGGCAGGGGCAAUGGUCGUGGACGUGGGAAUGUGGCCAAUGCUGUUGGCCAAUCCUCUGGCAGCACAUCAGGCCAACAAAUUGGCGCACCCGAUCGCAAUGGGGUGCAACUGUCGGAUGCACAGUGGCAGCAUUUGUUGGGUAUGCUAAAACCCUCUCAACCCAAUGAUGCUACUCCUACACAUGAUGGUAAGUGUAAGUCCACUCAAUGGAUUAUUGACACUGGUUGUUCGAACCAUAUGACCGGGAAUAUUUCUUUAUUCGAAAGUUUGUAUGAUGUUUCUCCAUCUCCAGUUGGGUUACCAAAUGGCAACCAAACAACAGCAAUUAAGGAAGGCAAAAUUGAAGGCAAAAUUGUCUUGAGUGAUGGUUUGAUUUUGAAGGAUGUGUUAUAUGUUCCUGAUUUGAAUGUUAAUCUCAUUUCUGUUUCACAAUUACUUGCUACCUUGAAUUAUUUUAUCACAGUAACUGAUAAGCUAUAUAUCAUACAGGACCGCAAUUCGAGGACCCUGAUUGGAGCAGGUGAACAAUGUGACGGAGUAUAUUGGUUUAAGCCUACGAAGCGGAUUCAAGCUAAUCAAACUACUGUGGUUGGACAGCAAGAAUUGUGGCAUCGUCGGCUUGGUCAUCCUUCCCGAAAAGUGGUGUCUCUUUUGCCUUUCAUUUCUUCUGAAAAUGGAAUGUUACAUCAAACGUCAUGUGUUGAUACGCCUCAACAAAAUGGUAGGGUAGAACGUAAGCAUCAACAUUUACUUAAUGUGGCUCGGGCUUUACGAUUCCAAGCUAACCUACCUUUGAGUUUUUGGGGUGAAUGUGUCUUGACGGCUGCUUAUGUGAUCAAUAGAACUCCUUCUCGUGUGUUAAAUGGCAAGUCUCCGUACGAAGUUUUGUUUGGCAAAUCUCCGAAUUACUCUCUUAUACGCAUUUUUGGUAGCUUGUGUUAUGCUAAUUAUCGUCCUAGAGUGAAGGAUAAGUUUGGUCCUCGCUCUCGGAAAUGUAUAUUUGUCGGAUAUCCAUUUGGGCAAAAGGGUUGGCGGCUUUAUGACUUGGAGAGGAAGGUCUAUUUUGUCUCUCGUGAUGUUAUUUAUGUGGAAAAUAAUUUUCCUUUUAACAACAUGGAUGCACCUGUGACAAUUGAUGGAGUUGGUAUAAAUGAGUUAUUUCAUCGCCAAUCACAAAUUGUUGUUGAUGAGAAUGAGGGAGAUAGUGGAGUUAGGGGGAGUUAUGAGGGUCAUGAGGUUGGAGAGGACGGCCAUAUUACUGCUCCCCUUGACCAGCAGUCUCCACGGCCUGGGUGUGGCACGAAUGCAUUACCCACGCCCUCUCCGUGGCCUGCCCAGCAGCAGCACACGCAAGAGCAGCAGGCUCUGCAGCACGGGUGUGGCUUCGCACAACCUAUUUUUGAAGAACCCCUUGGUAAAGGACAUCGUAUACGGACUCCGUCAACUCGUUUAAAAGGCUACAUCACCAACACAAUCCAAACCAUUACUCCUGUCACUGUCACUAGUUCAUCUCCUCCAAAGCGGUCCUCAGGUACGCCUUUUCCAAUAGCUUAUUUUGUUAACUGUGAUAAAUUUUCUAUGAAACAUAGGAAAUUUUCGGCAGCGGUGACAACUUGGGUUGAACCAAAAUCCUACUCUGAAGCAGUCAAGCACCCAGGAUGGCGUAAUGCCAUGAAAGACGAACUUGACGCUCUCGAACGACAAGGCACGUUGACAUUGGAAUCUUUACCUCCGGGAAAGGUCGCUCUUGGUAGUAUGUGGGUGUACAAGGCUAAGCUUAAGCAGGACGGGUCUCUGGAACGACUGAAGGGGCGACUUGUUGUCUUUGGCAAUAGACAAUUGCCUGCCGUUGCUAUUGCUCGAAAUUGGGAACUUCAUCAAAUGGACGUGCACAACGCAUUUCUUCAUGGAGACUUGGAGGAAGAGGUCUAUAUGAAGCUUCCCCCUGGCUAUGCACCAUCGGGUUCGGCGGGUAAGGGGGAUGUGUCAUUAUAUGUUCUUGUAUAUGUAGACGAUCUGCUCAUUGCAGGUUCAGGUCAUGAUGCAGUGCUAAAAUUUAAGGCCUAUCUGCGUGAUUGUUUUCAUAUGAAGGAUCUUGGGGUCCUUAAGUACUUUCUUGGAAUUGAGGUGGCUCGAGGUCCCAAUGGCUUGUUUCUGAGUCAAAGAAAGUAUGUUUUGGAUAUCAUAAGUGAGGCCGGCUUAUUAGGGUCCAAGCCUAUCUCUACUCCAAUGGAGCAAAAUCAUCAAUUAGCUCGUGUUGAGGGGGAGUUGUUUUCAGAACCUGAAAAGUAUAGGCGACUUGUAGGGCGGUUGGUCUAUUUGAUGAUUACUCGACCUGAGCUCUCCUAUUCGGUUCAUGUAUUGGCUCAAUUUAUGUCUUCUCCUAUGAUCGACCAUUGGGAGGCAGCUCUUCGCGUUCUUCGAUAUCUUAAAGGAUGCCCCAGCCAAGGAAUUUUGCUACAUCGUUAG